AUGGAUUUUACACAGACUGCUUACCAACGUCUGGCAGACAAGUGGCCAGUCGUCCUCGUUGCCGUAAUAGCACUCGUCGCCGCGGGCGUUGUCCCUCACCUGCUUAAUGCACUACAAAUCUCCAAAAUCCCCAUCAUUGGUAGCGAAUUGGGAAGUCUCGACAAGCGGAGGCAAGCCUAUAUACACUCGGCGCGGAAACUGUAUAAUGAUGGAUACCACAAAUUCAAGGAUGGGAUUUUCCAAAUCACCACGCCGCGAGACACGACAGUGGUAGUUCUUAGUCCCAAGUACUUGCCUGAAUUGAAGAAACUGCCCGAUCACACGGUCAGCAUGGAUGGCGCAGUCAAUGAGACUAUCGAGGCCAAGUAUACCAAGAUCCAAUCGACUGUUCCCAUUAUUCCACACACCAUCAAAGCGGAUCUGACGCCUGCUCUCACCCGCCUGAAUGCACUGAUUGCAAAUGAAUGUCGCGAAUGUCUCGACAUUAAUCUGCCCAAAUGCCCUGACUGGACGUCAAUCAAUGUGCACCACAAACUCCUCCGAAUUGUGGCCAUGGUCUCAGGGCGCAUGUUUAUCGGACCUGAGCUCAGCCGCACCGAGGAGUACCUGGAUGCUGCCAUCAACUACACCAUGGAGGUCAUGACUGCGCAACGCGCCGUCGUGAGAAUGAACCCGUGGUUGCGACCUUUCUUCGCCUCCCGGCUCCCGGAAAUCAAGAAGCUUGAGCGGAGAAAAAAGGAAGCUUAUGACUUCCUCAUGCCCAUGAUUGAAGCUCGCAAGCAGUCCUUCCAGGAUUCCAAGGAUGAUGGACCAGACGACAUGCUGCAAUGGCUCAUCAGAAACUCGCCCAAAUUCACUGAUGUACACAGUCAAAAUCUGGCCGAGGUGCAGUUGGGUCUUAGUUUCGCGGCUAUACAUACAACGGUCUUGGUCGCGACAAACGUAUUUUAUAGCGCGGCAGCGUCGCCAGAGUUCAUUCCAGAGCUCCGCGAAGAAAUUGAGGGCGCUCUUGCGCAAAACAACGGUGUCUUUACCAGCCAAGCGCUACAGGCCAUGACCAAGCUGGAUAGCUUCCUCAAGGAGACUCUUCGCGUGUAUCCAGCAACCAUGGCAUCUUUCCAACGCAAGGUGCUGCGGACAUUUACGCUCUCCGAUGGCCGUGUAAUUCCUGCCGGUGUGACCAUUGAAGUCCCUGCCGUCGCCAUCAGCUCCGACCCCGAGGUGUUCUCCAACCCUGAAGAGUUUGACCCGCUGCGAUUCCACAAGAUGCGCCAGCAUGCAAAGGAAACGUCCAACGAGAGCGGUGCCCUCAACCAGUUUGUCAGUGUGAGCGCCAACAGCUUGAACUUUGGCUACGGUCGCCACGCUUGCCCCGGUCGCUUCUUUGCUGCCAACGAGAUCAAGAUGAUCUUUGGCCAGUUUAUCAUGAAGUACGACCUCAAGCUACCCGACGGAGAGACGAAGCGGUAUCCCAACAUGGAAUUUGCACACAUGUCUAUUCCUGAUCCCAAGAAGGAGAUUAUGAUGCGGGAGCGCCGCUAG